UGUUCAGCUAGUAAUGAAUGGUCUUUGUACACACACACACACACACUGUCUAAAACAAUACCUCAUAGUAACGCAGGAUGUCCAAUCUUUCCUGUGCCUAGAGUGCAUGUACAUUGGAAUUGUCCGUAGACAAUUAUCACAUGAACAGACGCACUUCCUGAGCAGAGAUUUAGAUGUGAAUACUAGAAAACGUGGCCCAGCAGUGGACCCAAAGUGUAUUUGUCACGUGCACAGGAUACAACUGGUGUAAAACACUACUAUGAUAUUCUUACCUUGGGAGCUCUUUCCCAACAAUGCAGUGCUGGUAAUAAUAUAUAAUCAAUGAACAGCAGUGUUAUGGUAGUAAUAAAUCUAAUCAUUAUAGAUGCAGAGGUGGUGUGUGAAUGUGGCUGUAAGUGUAUGGUGUCAAUGAGUAGAGACUUGUGGAUGGGCAUAGUCAGUGUGGAUAGCCUGAGGGAGAGCAGUAGUUAGCAAGUUAAGUCUUAUGGCCAGGGUAGAGGAGUCUGAGCCUUGAUGCACCGUUACCGCCUGUCGGACGUGAGCAUGGAGCACAGUCCAUAUCUCGGGUGGCUGGAGUCUUUGGCCAUUUUUCUGGCCUUUCUCAGGCAUCGCCUGGCAUGCAUGGCCUGGAUGGCUGGGUGCUCACCCCCAGUGAUGCGCUGGGCUGUCCGCACCACCCUUUGUAGGGACUUCCGGUGCAGUUGCCAUACCAGUCAGGAUGCGCUCAAUGGUACAGCUGUAAAGACAGUGAGUGUAUAAACAAUAUCACAUUUUAUUGGUCACAUACAUGUUUAGCAGCUGUUAUUGCGAGUGUAGAGAAAUACUUGUUUCCAGUUCCGACAGUGCAACAAUAUAUCUAACCAUUUCAAAACAAAUACCUAAUACACACAAAUCCAAGUAAAGGAAUGGAAUAAUUAAGCAAUAAAGCCCGAGGAGGUGUGGUAUAUGGCCAAUAUACGACGGCUAAGGACUGUUCUUCGGCGCAACGCGUACUGCCUGGACACAGCCCUUAGCCGUGGUAUAUUGGCUUUUUAUCACAAACCCCUGAGGUGCCGUAUUGCUAUUAUAAACUAGUUACCAACUUAAUUAGAGCAGUAAAAAUAAAUUGUCAAACCCGUGGUAAAUGGUCUGAUUUACCAUGGCUGUCAGCCAAUCGGCAUUCAGGGCUCGAACCACCAGUUUAUAAGAAUAUAUAUGGAUGAGCAAUUUCUGUAUAGAAUACAGUAUAUACAUAUGAGAUGAGUAACACAAGAUAUGGAACACUAGUCACUUUAAUGUUUACAUUUAUUAAAGUGGCCAAUGAUUUCAAGUCUGUAUAUAGGUAGCAGCCUCCAUGCUAGUGAUGGCUAUUUAACAGUCUGAUGGCCUUGAGAUUGAAAAACAGCUUCUCUCGGUCCCAGCUUUGAUGCACCUAUACUGACUUUGCCUUCUGGAUGAUAGCGGGGUGAACAGGCAGUGGCUCGGGUGGUCAUUGAUUAUCUUUUUGGCCUUCCUGUGACAUCGGGUGCUGUAGGCAUCUUGGAGGGCAGGUAGUUUAACCUGGUGAUGUGUCGUGCAAUCCGCGACACCCUUUGGAGAGCCCUGCGGUUGUGGGCGGUGCAGUUGCUGUACCAGGCACUAGGAUAUAUGUACCAGGCAAAGGUGAGUUCACAGCUCUGUUUGAGUGCAACUGUGUCACUAUCACAGUGGCCUUUUUUUAAAGCCGCAAUAUUGACUUCCUGCUCGUAUUGCUGUGUCAGUGUGAUAAAUAGAACAGACACACAAUGGUUGCUUGAGGUGGUGUCAAUUUUUGGUUGAAUUUAUGAUAACUUUGGUCUUAAAUAGCUAUCACACCAGUAAAAAAACAAGCAAGCAUAAUACUUGUUAAUUAUCUAAAUUAAAGGGGUAUGCUGACAAAGCAAAAGAACAUUACUGCCCAUAGUUAAACUGAGAAAAUGGACUACUCCCCGAACAUCCAGACAGUCAGCCCAAGGUCGUCGACACUCGGUCAUGUGGAGAGAAAGGCUACUACUGUCUCUUUAUAUAACAAACGUUUGAAUUGCUCUCGUUUAAAGCCGCCCCGCCCUGUACCACGUUGUUUGUGAAUUGACUAUUCCACCACGCCCUUUAUAUGACUAAUGGUACAUUUAUGACGCUUGACACGGCAAAUGGUUGCAACACAAGAAAUAAAUGACAUGUUUCCUUUAAGAUGACUUUAAACAGACAACUGUGAUGACUAAUAAAUGUAUGGCGGAAAUUGGUUUCUGAGGCCACAGACCUGGAGACCGAAUCAUAAUAUUCGAAUGAUGGCUACUGCACUUUGUCCAUGUGUUCAAGCACCAUACCUUGUUGUUCUCCCUGGUGAUUGGCUAUUGGGGAAAUGAUACUUAUUGCCGUGAACGGAUACAGAUAAAUCGUGGAUUAGGAAUAAAUGAUAGAACAUGUAGUUUGUGUUAAUCAUAACACUAUGAAAUUAAAUGUUGAAACAACUUUUGGAAUCAACAUGCUGAGUUGUUUAAAUUCAACUGAGGAACGACUUUCACAAUUUGUUUAAUUUUCAUGCUUCGUUUCUGUCAUUCUAAGAAAUAGCAGCAGGUCAGUCCAUUCCAAGACUCCAUUUCUUGUUUUUUUGUCAUUGCAGUGUAUGGGAGGGAAUGACAUGUGUGGGCGGUCAUAAAUGGUAUGCUUUUGGCCCUGAUUUGUUACCUACUACUCUCAGCGCCAUCUUGUUGCAACUCCUCUACGUAUGUAUGUGGAAGAGUUUCUACGAGGUGUCUCCGAUUACCCUUUUCUUCAGUUUUGCUGAUUGAAAGACUGGAUCAUUACACUGAAAAUUAAAGUGCAUACCCUUUAACAUUUGCUCAACAUUUUUACUUGUAACGUUUUGUUUCCAAUACGGAGAAGAAAUGAGCAUCGAAACGCUUUUAGAAGCAGCAAAGUUUUUGGAAUUGCAAGCCCAGCAACAACAGAAAGCACGUGAGGAGAAUGAGCUGCGGGAGAAGCUUCGCCUCGAACAGCUAUCUGACCACAAACGCAAUGUCACUACCUACUCCUCCCCCAUCCAGAUGAACUAUGUGACCCGAGCAGAAGACUCCUGCCCCUACUCAGAGCGCUGCCCCGCCUUUGUGCCGCCCCCCUCCAUGACUGUCAUCCCUAUCCCCAUGAUGACCUCCAACCACACAGGUCUGCCCCCCACCGUCCCAACCCCCUCUUCCACCACCCUGUCCCCCCAGGCUGGGGCAGCACCCCACCUGGCCUCCCCUAGGAGGGACCCUCACUCUCCAGGGCAGGGCCACCAGGGACAGGGUGUGCUUUUGGCUCUAUCUCCUCAGGUGAAGACAGACCACUCCCACCACUUGUCUUUGGCUCAAUCUGGCAACCACAAGCAGAAUCAUCACCACCAUCACCUUCCACAGAUUGUUUCCCCUCAAUCUGGAACCCAUAAACUACUGCAGAAGCAACAACAGCAGUCUCCCCAACUGGUGCAACCCUACCCUGGCUCCAUCGUCUCAGCCUCCCAGCUGCAUUCCUUACUCCCCCAGCCAGGGCCCCCCCAGACUCCGUGCGGAGGCCAGACCAGCCCUGUUGGGGGCCGAGGCAGCCCCCCUGACCUGGACGGGAAGAAAAGGCCUGGAGGGGCAGGGACAAGAGAAGUACAUAACAAGCUUGAGAAAAACAGACGUGCUCACCUGAAAGAGUGCUUUGACACCCUGAAGAAAAACAUCCCCAAUGCAGACGAGAAGAAGACCUCUAACCUCAGUGUCCUGAGGAGCGCCCUCCGAUAUAUACAGACGUUGAAGCGCAAGGAAAAGGAGUAUGAGCAUGAGAUGGAGAGACUGGCGCGGGAGAAGAUCGCUACUCAGCAGCGAUUGGCUGAGCUGAAGAACGAGCUGAGCCAAUGGAUGAAUGUCAUGGAGAUCGACCGUGUUCUCAGACAGACGUUUCAACCAGAAGACGACCAGGCUUCUACCUCUACUGCCUCAGAGGGUGAAGACGACAUGGAUGAAGAGAAUGUUCCGGCAGAACCGACAGCCUUACCCACCAUGCCUCAACAAGCCAUACAGCCUGAGUUGUGCAAGACUGUGACCUCCACUCCCAUAACCCCCACUACCUCCAACCUCACCCAACACAUCUCCAGCCAACACAAGGCCCAAACAUACCCCCAGCCCCAGCUUCACCCCCACCUGCUGUCAGCCCUGCCUGUCUCGGCUACGUUCUCCACCCCAACAUCCAGCAUCACCACCACCCCUAUCCAGGCCCUCUUAUCGGCCCACACACACAUCGUAACCUCCCCUAGCACCCUCUUCCCUGCCCACACACACAUCGUAACCUCCCCUAGCACCCUCUUCCCUGCCCACACACACAUCGUAACCUCCCCUAGCACCCUCUUCCCGGCCCACACACACAUCGUAACCUCCCCUGGCAACCUCUUCCCGGCUCACACACACAUGGUAAAGGCCCCCAGCCUGCAGCCCACGGUCAUCGCCCACGGCUCGGCUUCCCACGCCUCCGUCAUCCAGGCCGUCAACCACGUCAUCCAGGCCCAGACUUCAUCUGGAGGAGCCAAGCACCUCACCCACCUAGCCCCCUCCUCCUCAGCCUCCAUGCAGCUGGCCCCAGGUCACCACCAGCCCAUCGGACACAUCACCGUCCACCCUGUUACCCACCUGGGCCAGCACCAUUUACCCACCAUCUACCCCCAACCUGUGGCUGUCACCCAGCCAGCCAUGGUGGGCCACAUCACCCAUACCAUCACACAUGCCCAGGUCAAUGGUACUGUCCCCAACCAGGGCACAACCACCAUCAUGGGAAAGCAGAUGGGAGUUGGUGCCCAGAUGGUGGCACAUCACCCACAGCUGCUGAACCCUGUAACUAUGGUGACCAUGCCCUCAUUCCCCGUUAGCACUUUGAAGCUAGCCUGAUUUCUGAACCAGGCCAGAGCCAUCCUGAAGCUAGCCUGAGAACCAAGUACAUGAACAGGCCACACCCACCCUGAGGUGGCCAGAGUCAGACCUGGAGACCAUCUGCCCCAGAGCAGACCAGCCGAAGAGGAGCCAGCCCAGACUCCGAGCCCAAGGCAGGCCCAGAGCGAGGCAGGCACCAGGACUACUGUACUGACAAACAAAUGGAAAAGUCUUCAUACUGAACGCAGUCCCUAUAUUCACUGAUGAAUCACAAGCUGCUGCAUUAACUAACCUGAGGCAGUACAGCUGUCUAUAAGGAGUAACUCAGAACAUUCCAAAAAGAAACACCUUUAUAAUGGUUGAGGUAAAAGAGCCAAUGUUGUUGUUGGGCUGAGUACGAUGUCCAGGAGGAUCAUCUUGAUGUUAUUGUACAGGAUGCAGUGGAGAGGAUCACAUAGACACAUUUUCUCUGGCCCUCAGUGUUCAUAUCUGCAGAAGCGAAACAGCAACUAAGAGUGAGAAAAGGGGAGUCCUCGAAUGUUGAAUGCAGUCAGACCUGCAUAUAUUCACUCCAGAUCGGUUUUAUAUUUCUGCUACAUGUAUUCCACAGCCAAGAGUAUUUAAAAACCACACUACAAAUGACUGAUGGUGCCACUAUCAAGCACCGAGGUAUUAGAUUUAACUGAAGUCUACCACUAAUGCCAGGGCAUACGUCUACCAAUCAUCUGAGUGCUGAUCUACGAUCUGUCCAUAUAAUCUUAUUCAUUAUGAUUUAAAAGGCUAAACUGAUUCUAGACAAGCACUCUGAGGCGCUUUGUGGAUACGGACCCCUGAUCUGACCAUUCAGAAGGCAACGAGUCCAAUUUCAGACGGGCUGAAUCGGGGUCAGAGAGACAGGCAGUGUGUGAUUGGUGGGUGUUGUUGGCGUGUCAGCAUGGGAUCAGUUUGUGUGCGUGCUCUAACAACUAAGCACCAUAAAGGACCACAUUGAGAAUAUGAUUGCAGGGACCUCCCCCUCUACCCAGGCACAUGGCUGUGGAGUCAAACCUAAAACAUGGCCUGGCCUAGCCAUGCCAUGUGCUCCCCUCCUACUGCAGCACUGUCAUAUGGCUCCACAGGCUCCCCCUGCUGGUAAAAUAAAAACAGCAUGUAAAACAGACAAUGGUCAAUGAGCAGACUAUUUUGUAAUGACAUGUAUUCAGUGGAUGUGGCCCAAGCAGGAAUCCAACCCAAAAUGUCAGCAUUCCCACCAUGCACAUGUGAACGUGAUGACUUUUCAUGAAACUGAACCACUCAAUUUAGCACAGGAUGAAAAUGACAAUACUCAAGUGACUACAUAUUGCCUCAUUUGUUUUACUAAUAGCAGGAACCAGCAUAGCAGGCACAAGCACUGCAAAUCGUUCCUGGAGUAUAUAUAUAUAUAUAUCUAUGUGUAAUAUAGUGAGGAAUGUCUUGUUUAUUGAUUGUGUUGCAGCAGUGAACUUGUUAAAACAAAGGCCUUUGGCAGUGUUAUGGUAGAGAAUUUAAAUGAGGCAGUUUGGGGUUAAACAACAUUGUAGGGCAGUCACCUACGAAGCACUCUGACAUCUUAACCUCUUUCUCCACCAACCAUAUUAUCUGGUAUGCCUGGUCAUAACUUAUCUAGAUUCAAUGUUUGCCUUCCACUACACUUAUGACGACCUGUGUAGCCAACAUUAAACUUUUAACUUCUAGCAAUUUGAUCUGCUACUUAACCACAAUUAAACUGGUUUACAAAUGGUGUCCCUCUUCACUUAAUCUGAAUGUUUUUAGGUGCGUUUGUGAGAACAGUGGACAUGGUAGGAGUCUUCAUAUUAUGCUCAUAUUUAUAAAGAAAAUAUAAAACAUUGAA